UGAGGUCCCAGCUGAGGCUCAAGCCCAGGACGAGUCCCUCGGCCCCAGUGAAUGUCACUGUCAGGCACCUCAAGGCCAACUCGGCGGUGGUGAGCUGGGAUGUCCUGGAGGAUGAGGUUGUCAUCGGAUUUGCCAUCUCUCAGCAGAAGAAGGACGUGCGGAUGCUGCGCUUCAUCCAGGAGGUGAACACCACCACCCGCUCCUGUGCCCUCUGGGACCUGGAGGAGGACACAGAGUACAUUGUGCACGUGCAGGCCAUCUCCAUCCAGGGCCAGAGCCCAGCUAGCGAGCCAGUGCUCUUCAAGACCCCACGCGAGGCUGAGAAGAUGGCCUCUAAGAACAAAGAUGAGGUGACCAUGAAAGAGAUGGGGAGGAACCAGCAGCUGCGGACGGGCGAGGUGCUCAUCAUUGUGGUGGUCUUGUUCAUGUGGGCAGGUGUCAUUGCCCUCUUCUGCCGCCAGUAUGACAUUAUCAAGGACAAUGAACCCAAUAAUAACAAGGAAAAAACCAAGAGUGCAUCAGAAACCAGCACACCAGAGCACCAGGGCGGGGGUCUUCUCCGCAGCAAGGUGAGGGCGGCAAGGGUGGGCAGCACCAUGGCUUGUGCACUGGUCAUCCCUGGAUGGCAGAAGGGGUCAGUUCAGGGCCUGGCAUGACUGCAGUCAGACAGAGCCAAGCUUGGCCUCUGCCUGUGUGAUACAGGGGACACUGCAAAUUGAUUUUGGAUCCUUUCCUUUGUAAGGUGCCAGAGGUGGUGUUUU